AUGGGCCCUAUUACUCGCAGUCGCAGUCUUGCUACUGCUCACUCUGAGCUAAAUAACACGUCGGUAAAAGCAGUUGGUCGAUUGAACAUGGUUGAGAGCGCGCAGCCCGACAUUGCGGACAAAUUGUCUGAACUGCUAAAAGCUGUUGAAAGGUCAAUUAAGGCGAGCGAACAAAAUAAGGAGACUUUAACAGAAGCCCACGAAUUAGGCACUCGCAAGCAUACAGACUUAAUCAAAUCACAACAAGAACAACAGGUACAACUUGCAACAUUAAUCUCACAAAGCACAUUACAGAUAGGACCAGCGAUUCACCCGACACCUUUUUAUGGAAAACCCACAGAUGACCUUCUGUCAUUUAUAUAAGCCAUUUCGAAAGGUUCUCGAAUUUCUGCGGUUGGAAUGACGACCAACGUCUUAGAGCUUUGCUACUUUAUCUACAGGGUAAUGCUAGUUCAUGGUAUGCAAGUUUUGAUUCAGAAACAUUUAAAUCAUAUAAUGAUUUAGCUAUUGCUCUUAAAGCCCACUUUACUAAUCUUGCUUCUAUUUGGCUGUGGCGCCAGCAACUGUCUGCUCGAAAACAGGAGGAACAUGAGUCCUUGUCUAACUAUUCCUCUGACAUUAGGCAUUUAUGCAAACGUUUGGACCUUACUGAUUUAGAUGUAAUGCACUAUUUUAUUCAAGGUCUUCGCCCUGAUCUAAAAAGCCAUGUUAUCUUAGGGCAGCCCAAAAGUUUAUCAGAGGCUGAAAAUCUUGCGAACCUUAAGGAGUCUGUGUUAAAACAUACACCUGAUUUCACUCAGCAAAAACUCGAAAGUCAGUUGCAGUCUGUAGUAACAAGUUUGGAACGCCUUACAAAGGCGCAACAAAACAACAUAUCAAACAGUGUUGCCGCCUAUAAUCAUGCACUUCAGAUGUGACCAACAUCAUGGGGGUCAGUCCACUCUCUUAGGUCGCAGAUAUGAUUCAGAUCACCUGGCUAAGUUGGUUUGAGACGAAGAGCGUCGACAAACCAGGUUCAUAGCACCAACAACCAGGCCUUCAAAUUCAGGCGUACCAUCUUUUCGCAACCGCCAUACUACCGAUGGAUUACCUAUAUGCAAUAAGUGUGACAAAGUUGGUCACAUAAUUGCUCGCAGUUGUAGGAGUAUUGGUAAUCCCCAUGCAACACAUCCUUUACAUAACCAAACCUCUCGCCCAAAUGCACCUACUUUUCGACCAAAUGCACCUACUUUUCGACCAAAUGCACCUACUUUUGGCAAUCAACAAAGGACUAACAACCCAUUUCACCAGCAGUCGGGAAACUAGUUGCAGCUUCUUUAUACCGGGAUGAUAGAGCGGUGAACUAUUUACAGCAAAUUAAUUAAAUUCAAUGCCUCGUAAAGGAUCAACCCAAUAAUGUUAAAAACUCUUUUAAUGAAACUAAUGAUAUUCCUGUUGCAACUCUGGUUAAUUUGGAAGUAGAAGAACUUAGACAUAUAGAUAUCUCAAGCCCACCAGUAUAUAAGGAAAAUAUAGAAACCAUACACCCUGAUCUUGUGGAUAUUGAUUUCAGUUUAUGUACAGACAAAACUCAUAGUGUUUUAAAUAAGAAAAAGGCUCCAGCUAGCCAAUCGAUAAUAAAUUGUGAUACAUUGACAACAAAUGAUACAGAUAAUUCUAAAGUGACCGAUUCACAGUGCAUAAAUGUACCACAGCAUUUUGACAUUGAUGUUAGACAACCAUUUGUUUCUGAAUAUAGUACCAUAGAUGUACCAGUGUGUGAUGACCUAGUAGAUUUAUCCCCAUGUGAAGUUAAAGGAAAUGAGAUGCAAAGCAGCGAAAUUGUUUUCAAUACUGAUUUAGAAGGAAUAAUAUUUCCUGUUUCUAACCCCACUGAGAGUUAUAUUGAUAAGCCUGUUCCUGAAUCGUCGAUAACAUUUCAAAUUGGUGAAUUCAAGUACCCUGACUAUGCCUGUAUUGUUGAUAACUUGGCUUAUGAUGUAAUAUUUGGUGCAGAUCUCUUGACGCAUAUAUUAUCAAUCUGUUAUCAACUCUGA